AUGAAAUCCCAAAUGAACGAUCUUCAAUUGAAUUUCCAACCCUCUUCGGUAUGCUUCCAUCUUCAAAAACCCAGAAACCUGUUCUCACUUUCGGCCUCUGGAAUUGCAGAAAAAUUGGAAGGUUUUAAGGGAAUCGGAGGAAUUUCAGGAGGGGUAGAUUGGAUAAACAAACGAAAAGGGGUUCCUUUACUGAAGCGAAGGCACCGGCGACGGUAUUUCGGUGGUGACGACAGUGUUGAGUGGUGGUUCGCUGGCAUCUUCCCCACCGUUAAUCAAUCUUCCCUUCGAUUGAUUGCAGAAGGCGGUGAAGCAGAUAACAAUGAAGAAGAUUGCCAACGAUUUUCUCUUAUAUCCAUCCAAAAUUUCUUCUUCUUUCUUAUCAGUAUACGUAGCGGCACCUUCCUCCUGAAGAUCCUCACUCCUCCACUGUUUGGUUCUUGA